UUUUUCAAUCUGCUUGCUCUGCCCGACCACGCGGAGAGAGAGCUCAAAAAGCAAAUGAAAGACAUUGUCACGUACACAUUUCUACUACAGUGACCUUUCUCCUUUGGAUUCUCAGAUCGAAAGUCGCUCUCCUCUUCUUCUCCGAUCAUCUACUCUUCCAUCUCCGCCUCCACAUCCGACUAAUUGAUCUCCCAAUCUCCGCUGCCGUUGAUAUAUCAGUUACAACAUAACAACGGUACUAUCUUUUUUCUUUAUAUCAAACACUUUGAGCAAAUAUCCUAGAAAUGGCACCAAGCACCAUCCGUAAAGCAAUCGGAGCGGUAAAAGAUCAAACGAGUAUAAGCAUAGCUAAAGUUGCAGGCAACAUAGCGCCUGACCUUGAAGUUUUGGUUGUUAAAGCCACUAGUCAUGAUGAAGAACCUGCUGAUGAUAAGCAUUUAAGAGAAAUUAUAAAUCUUACUUCUUAUUCCAGAGGUUAUGUUAGUGCUUGUGUAGCUACUGUGUCUAAACGCUUAAGUAAAACGCAUGAUUGGAUUGUGGCUAUUAAGGCUUUGAUGCUUGCUCACAGGCUUCUUAUUGAUGGACAUCCUUCAUUUGAAGAGGAAAUUCUGUAUGCCUCUAGAAGAGGAAUGCGUGUUCUGAAUAUGUCGGAUUUUAGAGAUGAAGCACACUCGCAUUCAUGGGAUUAUGCUGCCUUCGUUAGAUUUUAUGCUAUGUAUCUUGAUGAGAAAGUUGAAUUUGGGGCUUCUGAAAGAAAAUUGAGUGCUAAUCAGAGGAAAUUUGAUGAGGGCGAUGAUUUUGAUUAUAGGACGGGUAGGAAAUCCAGGUCUUAUGGUGAUGUGAAUGAUGAUUCUGCUGGGAGGGAACAGAGGAAACAAGCUACACCAAUUAGAGAAAUGAAGCCAGAGCAGGUUCUUGACAAAUUGAACCAAUUAUUGAGGAUGCUUGAUAGAGUUUUGGCUUGCAGGCCAACAGGCAUGGCUAAGAAUAAUAGGUUGGUGCUCACCUCUCUUUAUGGAAUUGUGAAGGAGAGUUUUGAGUUAUAUAUUGAUAUAUGUGAGGCACUGGGGGUGUUGUUGGAUAGAUUUACUGAGAUGGAGUAUUCAGAUUGUGUUAAGGGUUUUGAUAUGUAUGUUGCUGCAGCGAAGAUGAUAGAUGAGCUUGUUGGGUUUUAUGGUUGGUGUAAGGAUAUUGGGAUUGCAAGAUCAUCUGAGUUCCCUGCUGUCAAGAAAAUUACUGAUCAGUUACUAGGGACACUUGAGGGAUUUUUAAAAGAAAUGACUAAUAGACCAUCUAAGAAUCCUGAGAUAAUUAAGGAGGAGGAGAAGGUUCCAAUUAAGCAAGAGCCUGAACCAGAUAUCAAUGAGGUCAAAGCUCUUCCUCCACCUGAAAACUAUACCCCUCCAUCUCCUCCUGAGCCAGAGCCCAAGCCCCAACCGCCAAAGGCGACAGAGGAUUUAGUUAAUUUGAAAGAUGAUGCAGUUUCAGCUGAUGAGCAGGGAGACAAAUUGGCUUUGGCCUUGUUCUCUGGACCGGCAGCUGUAAAUACUAACGGUGGAUGGGAAGCAUUCCCAUCAAAUGGAAAGGCUGAAGUUACUUCAGCAUGGCAGACACCAGCUGCUGAGAGUGGGAAAGCAGAUUGGGAAUUAGCAUUGGUGGAAUCAGCCAGUAAUCUAUCAAAGCAGAAAGCUAAUUUAGCAGGUGGCAUGGAUUCACUGCUAUUGAAUGGAAUGUAUGAUCAAGGGGCAGUCAGGCAACAUGUGGGCACUACUCAAUUGAGUGGUGGAAGUGCAAGUAGUGUAGCAUUGCCUGGUCAAGGAAAGAGUGCGACUCCAGUUUUGGCAUUACCUGCCCCUGAUGGGACAGUCCAGCCAGUUGGAAAUCAGGACCCAUUUGCCGCAUCUCUUGCAGUUCCACCUCCCUCAUAUGUACAGAUGGCAGAGAUAGAGAGGAAGCAGCAGUUGCUAGUUCAGGAACAGCAGCUAUGGCAACAAUAUGGAAGAGACGGGAUGCAAGGCCAAAUGGGUUUAUCCAAGAGUAAUGGUGCCUCUGGUUACUAUGGCCCCAAUCCCCAAUCAAUGGUGAUGCCUUAUGGGACGCCCCAGGUCAGUGGUGUGGGACAGCCAGGAGGUUACUACUAUACACCUUACUGAAGUUGCUUAUCUAAAUUAUAUUCUGCUUCUUACUAUGAUGCACAUUAGUAUCAUAUAUGCUUAUUUCCCAACCCUUUUCCACAGAUUAUCCUUUUAAAAUAUAUGUGAAUAUUGUUUUCCAUUAAUGUUCUCCAUGUAAUAACUUGCAUUUUCAGGUGAUGAGAGACUGUAAAAGAUUUCGGAAUCUUAUGCUGUAAUGUUUGAUUGGCAUUUGGCUUUUUAUCUUUUUGCCAUAUAUUUUUGUUCACUAAUAAAAACUGUUCUGUGCAUAUUUCUUGCU